UCAACAUUUGUCGAAGGAAGGAAGCGGAGGAAGAAGUGCCACCACUAUAAAAACAAGGCUCUCAUCAUCACUGCUCGAUCACAUGCCGACCAGUAUUCAGCCGAGCUUGGACGACGUGUUAACAGAUAACCACAUCGCAUAAUGUCAUCGACUAUUUCAACGAGUUUUACUAUUCUUCUUCUAUUGGGACUCGUCUCAUUUCUUUUUGCUGCAAGUAUCAAACAAGAGGAACCACCUGAUGUUCAAUGUCGUAACGAUAAAGAAUGUCCCGAUGAUCAUUGCUGUGUCAUAAACGGAGGAAGAUACGUUAUACCCCAAUGUAGACCUUUAUUAAAGAAAACUGAAACUUGUAAAGGUGACGACAGAUUGUUCAACACUACCCUAUAUUAUCCGAAUGAUAAAAAGUUGACAAUAAGUGGUGUACAUUUUGUAUUGUGUCCUUGCCAUGAGGGAUUAAUCUGUGGCCUCAAAGAAAAAGUUUGCAUAAGUAAUAAUUAAAAGUAUGAGUUUUUGGAAUAAAAAUUGAAUAAUCUAUAGAACAUCUAAGAUAACACACUGUGAUUUAUCAUUAAAAUAAUUAUUCUUAUUAUU